GGUAUUCAUAUUUUCUGAUCAGUGUUUAAAAUCUGCUUAUUGGGUAAUGUAGGUGGUACCAGGUAUUAAGAAUUGUGUUUUGCCAACAAAUUAGUUCUGUGAUUGUGGUCGGACUAUACCAUGGACUAAAUUUUGAGUAUCUACAUAAAAGCUUUUUCUGCUCCACCCACCCACAGCGAUGUAGCGUGUUCCCAGACAUGCCUCCCACACUACCCUCACCAUGACCAAGAAAGUGCGGCAGUGGCGUGGCAAAGCUCGAACCACCAACAGUGUCAUCAAGUCCAUAAACAAGGACACCUUCGCGAGCGCCAUAUGCCCUACAAAUGUUGAGGAACAAAAGCAGAAGUUUCUUGAAUUCGGAAAAACGCCGGAGUUUCAACAUCGGGGGACAGAAGAUGAAUUGGAAGAGAUUUUCUCCAAGCCUCGUUCUGAAAUCCGCUUCGACCUUCUCGGGGAGGCUCUACACAUUCUGAAAACGGUGAAAGACAAAUACGGAGAUGCAGAGAAUUACUACACGGAAAUGUACGGGGAACGGAUAUCGAAGGACGAGGCCACAGAUAUCAUUGUGGACUAUUUAAAGGAAAAUCGGCUCGACGGACAGAUGAGUAUCAUAUGGUGCUCUGAUUUGCCCUGCAGCGGUCGUAUGAUGUGGCAAGGGCCUCACGUUAAGUAUCGCAAACCAGAGGCGCGUAAAUACUCAAUGUGGAUCAAAGACUCAAAAGACAACAACUUCCUUCGAGUGCACGGCAUAAGAUGCUUAGCUGAUCACGAAAUUGGAACUCAUUUUUUCCGUUCGUACAAUGACGGCCUGCAGCCCUGGUUUGCUGACAGGACUCGGUUUGGUGUACGAGGGGUCUCUGGUCUUGACCAUCUACGCACGGAGGAGGGGCUGGCUGCAAUAAACACGAUACUGAACGCCAAAGUCAGAUACCUCUGGGGGCCCGCUCUCCUCUAUUAUAUAGCAUGUAAGGCGACAGAGAUGACCUUCAAGCAGCUGUUUGAGCACCUCACGAUAUACGUGCAGAACCCGGAAUGGCGCUGGCGUCAUUGUGUGCGCGUGAAGCGUGGCCUGAUCAACCCCAACGACAUCGGCGGGUAUGGAAAGGAUCAGUGCUAUUUCGAAGGUGCAGUAGAAAUACUUCGAAACGUGGACGAUAUAGACUUCAGAGUUCUCAUGAGUGGCAAGAUCUGCUACGACGAAGUCCCACGGGUAAAAAAGAUGGCACGCCUAGAUUGUAUACAAAUGCCUGCAUUUAUGCGAAAUCAGGAAAAGUACAAGAAAACCCUGAAACAAAUCGCUCAUAUGAACGGCCUUCACCUAGAUCAUGCCAAGUACAAAGCACCCCUAGCGUAUCUUACUCGACUGAAGCGUGGACGACGUGUUGGCGUUGUCGGGGCAACCAAAAAGGUGAGAAAGAAGGGUCGGCGGGUCAGUGUGUCUACUUCUAAGGGUCUGGGUAAGGGAGGGGAGGAGGGUUCUUUUGGGUCUCUUGGUUCAGAGGAGAAAGAGGAAUCAGGGGAGGAAACUAGGGCGGAAUUUUUGUUCCAACAUUUUAACGUUUUGAAUUCGGAGAAAAGCAGCACGGAGGAUUUCUUCCAAAAAAUGAAGCUGACCAUGGAGCAGAAUGGAGUAGCAAGCGAGGUUAAUGGUGAUCGUUUUAAUUAUGCAAACUAUUAUAAAAGUCUUGUGGAUAAUUUUGAGAAGCUGAAGAAUGAGAAUACCAAAGAAGCCCCAGUGCAAAAGGAGGGCAGCAUAGACGUUGAAGUGAAAUCGACCACAAACUCCGUGGAAACAGUAGAAUUGAAAGAUUGGCAGGAUGAUUGUGUUAAGACCCAGUAUCGUUGCGUAAGCCGGGCCUCAGUCCAAAUGGUCCUCAACUUACCAUCCAAGUCCCUUAACUCUAGGAGCAGACAUAGUAGCUCAGAUCUAACCCUUCUUGACCACCAGAAUUCAUUUCUUCAGCGCCCUCUCACAAGCUUCGCACCUGGCCGCGUUACAAACCGAGUCGGCGACCGAGUGGAGAGGUUCGAAAGCGAUCAGCCUCAUGCCGCUCAGGUUCUGUCCUCUGAUCCUCUUAGUGUGUCUCUUGCACAGCACAAGUCACCGAGCACCAACAUGAUGAUCUCUAGCACCACCACCUCCCAGCACUGCAAGGGUCCUUCCCACGACUGCUCAAAUCACAAAAAUCAGAACUUGUUCAAUCCUGCACCGUCAGUUGUGUCUGAAAAUCACGUUAAGGAGGGUGCUGAUGGGUUCAUAUAUCCAGAUAACGAUAUUCUUACCGAUGAUAUGAUUAAAAUAAAAACAGGGUCACAGUCUAAUGACCUUGAGCCAGUGAGUCAAGGUCAAUGUCACAUACAGACUGGUGCUAGUACUCAGGGAAAACUUCUUCAUAGAAGGGUAAAAUCUGCUGCAAACCUACUGCCAAAAUAUUAGGAAUUUUUGAAUGUUGGUUUUGAUGGUAUCAGCAUUUUUUAAAUAUAUUAUAUGUGACUGAAAAACAUUUUGUCCAUAUCAAUUAUGACUUGUGCAUGAUGAUAAAAAGCAUGUUAAAAUGUAACCUUUCAGCACAGUGAUACCAAAGCAUGCUCUUCAUUAACAUUUAUCUACAUAGCUAAGGGAUUAAUUCAUGAACUUUAAAAAUUCUAAAGUAGCUUAUUCCAAUCAAGCUUAAACAAACAUUCAAAUUUUAACAUGUCACUCUGUCCAAAUAUCAACAUAAAAGGCAUUGAAAUACAGAAAAAUAUUA